AUGGGAAUGGAAGAAACUAAACUGAGUAACACUACCGUCUCCUCGCGGAGCAUGAUACCCACCAUUCCCUCGGUGAUGUUCAUCUUUGGAGUGGUGGGCAACGUCAUCGCCAUCGUUGUGCUUUGCAAGUCCAGAAAGGAGCAGAAAGAGACAACGUUUUACACUUUAGUAUGUGGUCUUGCUGUUACGGAUCUUUUAGGGACCGUUUUAGCCAGUCCCGUCACUAUUGCUACAUAUGUCAAAGGCUCCUGGCCGGAUGGGGACCCACUGUGCCAAUAUUUCGGAUUUGUCGUACUAUUCUUUUCCUUGGCCGGUCUUAGUUUAAUAUGCGCAAUGUCUAUAGAGAGAUACCUGGCAAUCAAUCAUGCUUAUUUUUACAAUGAAUAUAUCAACCAGAAACUGGCAGGCUUCACACUUUUCGGCAUAUACAUGUCCAACAUAUUUUUUUGCGCGUUACCAAGCAUGGGUUUUGGAGAGGUGAAGAUGCAGUACCCACAAACUUGGUGUUUCAUUGACUGGAGGAGUAAUGUGACCACGAACGCAGUCUACUCCUAUAUGUAUGCGGGGUUGAGCUCUAUUCUCAUCCUAGUUACCGUCAUCUGUAACGUACUGGUGUGCGGGGCUCUUAUCCGAAUGCACCGGAGGUUCGUACGGAGGAUGUCACUCGGGAAUGAACCGGGACGGAAUUCUGACUUCGGAAAAAGACGCAGCUUUGGUCGCUUGGCGGGUGCAGAAAUCCAAAUGGUCAUACUGUUGAUUUGCACAUCUGCCGUCAUACUAAUUUGUUCAAUUCCUCUUGUUGCCCAGGUGUUCAUCAACCAGCUGUACCUAACAGAGGUGGAGAAGAGGAUUGAGAAGAACCCUGAUCUCCAAGCCAUCCGGAUUGCCUCCAUCAACCCCAUCCUUGAUCCCUGGAUCUACAUCCUGCUGAGAAAAGCAGUGCUCCUGAAGCUGGUCCAGAACAUCAAGUGCCUCUUCUGCAAGGUGGGGGCCUGUCACUCGGGGCAGCAGGGAGGCCAGGGGGCCUUUCACUGCCGGGAUGGACAGCAGCUGUCGUCCGUCAUCUCACGAGACGGCGGCUCGAUGGCGUCUCACGACCUGAGGGAGGUCAGCAGCACCUCGCAGACUCUCCUCUACCUGCCCGAGGGCUCCGAGGGCUACAGCUGGCAGGCGGAGGAGCGGUCAGUCGGUGGGCCACGCGGCUCUGAGUGCCCCUCCCUGGAGGCAGGGGACAGGGCCAGCUAUGGCUCAGAUGGCCCGUCAUUGGAGGAGGGGAAGGAGCUGUAAGCUCAUGUAAGCUAUCAGACACUCCAGAUGGAGAGCAUCUGAGAUGUGCAGAAGAACUGAAAAAGAAAAACUGAAAAACUGAAAACCUAUACCACCCACACAAACAGGCAUUCACAUACACACAUUGACUCAGUCAAACUUACUGAUUCAUUCAAAUGCAUAAACACAUCUCCAGAGUCAAGGCAGCUGAGAAAAUAUACUUCCAUCCUUAAACUAAAUUAGGCUAAUGAAAGUCAAAAUCCUCAGAUUGUUGGAUUGCAGACAUUAGAUAUCUAUUUAUGUCAUUACAUAGGCUACAUUUUAUAUAUCAUAAAAUUAAUUAUUCAGGAGGGCUCUUACCUGAUGACAACUGAAAAGUUUUGUUUGGUAUUUUCCAUGUGCCAACCUUUAGUUAGAUACCACGGCAAAGACACAGAGGGAAGUGUGUGUUCAUUUUAUCAUACCACUUCUCCUAAAUAUGUCAGAAUGAACAAACUAACCACUGUCUUUGUAUUUGUCUGCCUUUGAGUAUAUUGAUGCAGGUGCCAUUACACUACGUAACUUGUAGAG